AUGGAGCAUUUAAAAAAUUUUAUUGGUGGGGAAUUUUUAGAACCAAUCGAUAAAAAUUAUAUACCAAAUUAUAAUCCAUCCAUUGGCGAAAUAUAUAGCUAUGUUCCAGAUUCAAAUGAUAAAGAUAUAGAGGCUGCUGUUAAAGCUGCUAAAGACGCUUUCCCAAUGUGGAGUUCAAAAUCAGCACAGGAGAGAUCAAAUAUUAUUUAUAAAGUUGCAGACGAAUUAGAAAAAAGACUUACAGAAUUUUCAAAAGCAGAAAGUAAAGAUCAAGGUAAGGGUGUUGCAUUAUCAAGUACAUUGGAUAUUCCAAGAUCUAUUGCAAAUCUUAGAUUUUUUGCAGGUGCAAUUCUUCACCACAAGGAUGAAGCUUAUCAUGGUGUUCCAACACCAAAUUUUAUAAAUUAUACAAUUAAAGUACCAGUAGGUGUUGUUGGUUUAAUUUCUCCAUGGAAUUUACCAUUAUAUUUAAUGACUUGGAAACUUGCACCAGCUAUUGCUGUUGGUAACACUGUUGUUGUUAAACCAUCUGAAAUGACUUCGAUGACCUCUUAUCUUUUUGCCCAAGUUUGUAAAGAUGCUGGUUUACCAGAUGGUGUUGUUAAUUUUGUUUUUGGUACUGGCCCAAAUGCUGGUUCUCCAUUAGUUAGACAUCCAUCUGUACCAUUAAUUUCAUUUACUGGUGGAACAAAAACCGGUGAAAUUGUUCAACAACAAGCAGCACCAUUUAAUAAAAAAUUAUCAUUAGAAUUAGGUGGUAAAAAUCCAGCAUUAAUUUUCGAGGAUUGCAAAUUUGAAGAAUGUAUUGAACAAACCGUUAGAUCAUCAUUUUAUAAUCAAGGAGAGGUUUGUCUUUGUACAUCAAGAAUUUUUGUUCAAGAUAAAAUUUAUGAUAAAUUUAUUAAAGCAUUUGUUGAAAAGACAAAGGCUAUCAUUAUCGGUGAUCCACAACUCCAAACUACUCAAAUGGGAGCAUUAAUUAGUGCAGAUCAUCUUAAAAAGAUUGAAUAUUAUGUAGAUUUAGCAAAACAAGAGGGAGGUGAAAUUUUAGCAGGUGGUAAAAGAGCUCAAGUCGGUGAAGAAGGAUCACCUCUCAGAAAUGGUUAUUUCUAUGAGCCAACCAUUAUUGGAGGUCUUACACCAACCAGUCGUGUUAUGCAAGAAGAAAUUUUUGGACCUGUAAUCACUAUUUGUCCAUUCUCAACCGAACAAGAGGUCCUCGGAUAUGCAAAUAAUGUCGAAUAUGGUUUAGCAUCAACUGUUUGGAGUCAAGAUAUUGACCGUUGUAAUAGAGUCGCUAAAUCAAUUGAAAGCGGUAUCACUUGGAUAAAUUGUUGGAUGAUUAGAGAUUUACGUACUCCAUUUGGUGGUUAUAAGAAAUCUGGUAUUGGUCGUGAAGGUGGUGAUUAUAGUAUCGAUUUCUAUACCGAACAAAAAAAUAUCUGCAUGAAAAUUAAUUAGAUUUAAAUAAAAAUAGAUAACCAAAUCAAUAUUUUCUUGUG